UGUUUACAUACAGUGUGCGGCUAACAUCGUGACGGAGCGGUUGAAAACAUCAAAAUAGCGGCUGCUGCUGUUACGAAUGUACACAUCAAACAGAUCGUCCACACGGCAUCGUUUGAACACGCGAGCUUGCAAUCGGGUAGUUUAACUCACGUGCAAUAGUGCUCUAUAUGGGAUACGCCGGUAACAACAAGAAUUAUGAAGAACAUACUUUUCGGUUCCUGCUUUCUUCUGUUCGCCGUUUGGAAGGUGCUUCCGAGACCAGCAGCUGACAGUGAACAACCGGUGGAGAUUGAGUCACUUCUCAACGAAAAGGAAGGAAACGGAACUGUUUAUGCGCACGUAUUGUCCGAUGGAACGAGGGUCUUCGUGAGAACCUAUAGUAAAAUCGUUAACGGGAACGAAAUCACUGUCCAAGAAGGCACGUACUCGUUCGUAGGUCCAGAUAAGCUGUUCCAUACGGUAACGUACAUCUCCGAUGAGAAUGGAUAUCGAGCCAGAAGUACAACUUCCAACAUGACGAGUUCGAUUGAAGAUUCUAUGCUGCCUACAAAAGUACUGAUCUCCUUGGUUGGUGGAGGCUAACUUUGCAGUAGUUGUCUCAUAUUAAGUUAAUAGUGGUAAUGUUCAAACGUAUAGUUUCGAUUCUGAAAAAUAAUCGUUAUUCUAUUUAAACCGUCGACAGUAUAUUUAAAACAGCUUGAGGAACAAGAAAGACGAACAAUCUAAGAUAAUCUGAUUCCUUGUAUAAACUAUUUAAAUUAAUAACUUGUAUUUUUAUAUCAAUUAUUCUAAAAAAGAAAACAUUAAAGAGGAAUGUGACCUUU